UCCACCACACUGAUGUCAUGAUUUUCGUGUCUUACUCUGUAUGUUUUGUGAAUUUUAAAACUUUUUUUCCAUCUCCUGCAAAUAACCCCAUAAUAACAACCCAUUUACUUGACAUCAGCACACAAUAGAGUCUCCUAAAUUGAAAUAAUUCUCAGAAACAACAAAUGAUUCCUGCUGCAUGUUUGCAUUGGCGACUUAUUCAAAACAUCAGAGCCUUGAGUGAGAAGUGGGAACUCAGGUGUGUUGUGGCUGCACUCAAUAAUGUGCUGAUAAGAAGCUACAUUAAACAUGUUGUUGUUCAAGAGCUCAAGGAUGUCUGGUGUUGGGCACACCGAGUCCCUAAAAGCACCAAGAGGAAAAACCAUAGCUGAACGGGUGAAAAAGGAAGACUAAACGAGCAAAUGUCAUUCUUCUGAGCUCCCGUCCAGACCUGAAGACCAUGUGCAGAACAUUUUGUUUCGGUAUCUCUCUCUGCUGGGUUUCUCUGUGUGUCCUCCUGCAUGGAUCUGCUGCCUUUACUUCAAAUAUAUCAACCACAAAUCAGCUUUCUAAUGUGACCAUGGUUCAAGAUCAAGAAGAUGCAGACUGGGAUUCACCAUUUCUUAAGCUGAGAGCCAGUCUACCAUCCUACUCGCAGCCAAUCCGUCCAUACUCCCUCCAGACACAAGCUGAAGACUACCUCUACUUGCCCAAACCCAGACAUCGCCGUCCAUCUCGCCUCCUGCGUCUCCUUGGAUCCUCUUUUGACCCGUUCUGGAUGUCCAUAGAUCAGCCAUCUGAGGCCUCUGAGGGAAGUCGACCACUAAAGCACACCACCUUCAAGGAGAAGUUCAACCUGAGUUCCUCUCCAGAGCUGAGAGAUGCUGCAGUGGACAGUCGACAGAAGCUGCAGAAGGAAGCUGCAGAGCUGGACCUUGGUUCUCUGCCCUCAGAUGUUGUCAGUUCAGUCAGAAGCUGGUUGGUUCGCUCAGCGACAUGUGAGCUGCACUACCGAUGGGUAGAUCUGGGCCCAGCUUUCUGGCCACGCUGGCUGCGGCAGACUGACUGUGAGAGAGCAGAUGGAGAGCAAAGCUGCUCUUUUCCCAGUGGGAUGAAGUGUGUGCGAGCUCAGACAGCUCACAUUAGGAUCCUGGCUUGGCACUGCAUAGAAAUCAGAGACGGAUCCGGAAGGAUUAAAGGCAACAGGUCUGAAGGCAGCAAGGAGAUGGAGACAGGUGAAGCAGAGAAAAGGUGUUUAUGGAGACAAAUGCCUUAUCCUGUGGUCACUGCAUGCCUGUGUUCGUGUAAAUAAAUGUUUUGCUCAUGUAUUCACUCCUUUUUUGCAGCUGGGUUUUGAAAUGCAUGCUGGGUAUGCAUUUAUACUGUCUUUGUUGAUUCUUAGUUUAAUUUUUAAUCAAAAUUGUGCUGAUUGAUUUUAGAAAUCUACACUUAUCUACUUUUAGUUAGUCCAACACUGCAUGAAUCUUAAUGUUGCUGGCUUUAAAUAAAAUUUAUAAACAUAUUUUCUCUUAUGUGCAAAAGAUUUUCAGCAUUGUUAUACUUUCUCAGUGAUACUUUGACAACCAGGCAGCUGAAAGUGUCACCGCAGCUCUGUAGUUUGGUGAAAAUGCUGCUCAGGCUGCUCAUUCACUUUCAUUAUUUUAGGAUUUUCUUGGGCUUAAAUUUUCAACCUUUUUUCACAAGUGUGUUUAUAUACAGUUCAAGUAAAUGCCAUUUAUCAGUUAUUUCUUCUGGCUGUGGAAGGCUUUAUGACCCCAUGUUUUAUGUCUGGUGCUAUAUUUAUGUAUGUGGGAAAUCUUUGAAUCAGUGUCUAUGAAGCAAUGUUUUCAGUAUUCUGCAGACUUUUGACCAUUUUUUUUCUUUUUUUGCAAAUAGUAUAGUAUUUUUUAAGUGAAACACAAAAUUGCUUUGUCUGUCUAAAAUAACCUCUAUGCAAUGAGUGGCGUCUAACUGCAGAAAAUAUCUACUUUUUCUUUCAACUUGUACAAAAUAAAAAAGUUAAUUGAACAUAACAACUGCCUGUAUAAUAAAGCUCCAG